CACCGUAAGUUGCGUAGAAGCUGCGUAGUUGCGUAGAAGCAACUUCCGGGGCCGCUCUGCCCAUGUGUGGGCACCAGAAAUCAGGCAUAGCAGCACCGGAAGUCAUUUCUACGCAUGCCCAGCGGCCAUCUUGGUGGUGGCCGCAUGGCAGCGGCGGCCGGGCAUGCGUAGAAGUGACUUCCGGUGCUGCUCUGCCCGAUUUCCGGUGCCCAGACAUGGGCAGAGCGGCACCCAAAGUGGAGGCUCCCUGGCAGGCUAUGUGAGCAACUCUAAAGAGCAUAGACAGAACUUGUAACAGGUUCCUUCCGAUCUCUUGGAGGCUUCCUGAGAGCACCAAUGGAUGAGCGAGACUCAGCUGGCCCUGAGGCAGGAAGAUGCCAUGCCCUCCAAACUGGGAGCAGUGGGGGAUUAUGGGAAACCACGGUGCAGAAGCUCCUGGGCGAGGAGGACACCCUCCGCUCAGGGGUGCAGAGCCAGCAGUUGAGGCACUUCUGCUCCCAGGAGGCCAAAGGACCCCAAGAGGCUUGCGGCCGACUCCACCACCUUGACCAUCAGUGGCUGAAGCCAGAGAGGCAUACAAAACCUCAGAUGCUGGACCUGGUGAUCUUGGAGCAGUUCCUGGCUGUCCUUCCGCCGGAGAUGGAGAGCUGGGUGAGGGAAUGCGGAGCGGAGACCACUUCCCAGGCGGUGGCCCUGGCCGAAGGUUUCCUCCUGAGUCAGGCGGAGGAGAGGAAGGAGGCAGAGCAGCAGCAGAAGGCUCCAUUUGCAGAAAUGGGCCUGGAUUCCUGUGAGGCAGAGAAGACUCCGUUGAAUGCCAGAGAGAGGCCGCUGGGUGACAGAAGGAUGCCCCCAAGACCACCUCAUCCAUAUUUUCCUGAUAACGGAGGAGAAGCAGCCGCUGUGGAAACAGAUCUGGGUCCUCUGUGCUUUGAAGAUGUCGCUGUGUAUUUCACAGAGGAGGAGUGGGCGUUGCUGGAUCCUGACCAGAGAGCUCUGCAUAAGGAAGUCAUGGAGGAGAAUCGUAGGAUUGUGGACUCUCUCAGUCCUGAUGGAUUGGGAAUUAUGAAAAAGGGAGGCCACAACAACAUUCACACAGUAGGGACGCUGUAUAAAUAUUUGGAGUGUGGAGAGAGCUAUAGUCCGAGCUCCUAUUCCACUUCCCAUAAUAUAAAUCAUGUUGGGAAGAAUCACUACCAGUGCUUAAAAGAUGAUAGGACGUUCCGUCAGAAGAAAUGUCUCACUUUCCACCCAAGAACUCACAACGGCAGGGAGAAACCACACCAUUGCUUGGAAUGUGGAAAGAGCUUCGGUCAGAGGGCUAAGCUCAUUACCCAUCAAAGAAUUCAUACAGGAGAGAAACCAUUUCAUUGCUUGGAAUGUGGAAAGAGCUUCAGUCAGAGGGGUCAUCUCACUUCCCAUCAAAGAAUUCAUACUGGGGUGAAACCAUAUAUGUGCUUGAAAUGUGGAAAGACUUUCAGUCGGGAGGAUAGUCUCACGUCACACCAAACAAUUCACAGCAAGGAAAGGCCGUAUCAGUGCUUGGAAUGUGGAAAGAGCUUCAAAUGGAAGAAAAGUCUCACUUUGCAUGAAAGAUUUCACAGAGGGGACGGACCAUAUAAGUGCUUGGUAUACAGAAGCAGCUUCAGUCCGAAUAGUAGUCUCGCUUCACAUCAAAGCAUUGACAUUGAGGAGAGGCCAUAUCAGUGCUUGGAAUGUGGAAAGAGCUUCAGUCACAGGGCUGUGCUGAAGACCCAUCAAAGGAUCCAUACAGGAGAGAAGCUACAUCAGUGCUUGGAAUGUGGAAAGAGUUUCAAUUACAAGCAUGUGCUGACGGCCCAUCAAAGAAUUCAUACAGGGGAGAAACCAUAUCAGUGCAUGGAAUGCGGAAGGAGCUUCAGUCGGAAGGACCACCUCACUUCCCACCAAAUAACUCACAGUGGAAAGAAACCCCAUCACUGCUUGGAAUGUGGAAAGAACUUCAGUCACAGACAUGUGCUCACGGCCCAUCAAAGAAUUCAUACAGGGGAGAAACCCUAUCAGUGCAUGGAAUGUGGAAAGAGCUUCAGUCACAGGCAUGUGCUCACAGCCCAUCAAAUAAUUCACACAGGGGAGAAACCAUUUAGCUGCUUGGAAUGUGGAAGGAGCUUCAGGAAUAGGGCUGAUCUCACUUCCCAUCAAAAAACUCACAGUGGAAGGGAAACCCAUAAGUGCUUGGAAUGUGGAAAGAGCUUCAGUCACAGGCAUGUGCUCACAGCCCAUCAAAUAAUUCACACAGGGGAGAAACCAUUUAGCUGCUUGGAAUGUGGAAGGAGCUUCAGGAAUAGGGCUGAUCUCACUUCCCAUCAAAAAACUCACAGUGGAAGGGAAACCCAUAAGUGCUUGGAAUGUGGAAAGAGCUUCAGUCAGAAAGCAAAACUCAUGGCUCAUCAGAUAAUGCAUACUGGAGAGAAACCAUACCAGUGUUUUGAAUGUGGAAAGCGCUUCAGGAAUAGGGCACACCUCACUUCCCAUCAAAUAACUCACAGUGGGGAGAAACCCCAUAAGUGUAUGGAAUGCGGAAAGAUCUUCAGACAAAGGGAUCAGCUAAAGGCUCAUCAGAUAAUUCAUACAGGGGAGAAACCAUAUCAGUGUGUGGAAUGUGGAAGAACCUUCAGUAGGAAGGACAAUCUCACUUCCCACCAAAUAACACACAGUGGGAAGAAACCCCAUCAGUGCUUGGAAUGUGGAAAGAACUUCAGUCACAGGGCUGUGCUAAAGGUCCAUCAAAAAAUUCACAGCGGUGAGAAGCCAUAUCAGUGUUUGGAAUGUGGGAAGAGCUUCGGUAAGAAGGCUGUGCUGAAGGCCCAUCAAAGAAUUCAUCUAGGGGAGAAACCAUAUCAGUGCAUGGAAUGUGGGAAAAGCUUCAGUCAGAAGGUCCAUCUCACUUCUCAUCAAAGAACUCAUUCUGGGGUGAAACCAUAUCUCUGCUUGAAAUGCGGAAAGACUUUCAGUCGGAAGGAUAGUCUCACUUUACAUGAAAGAGUUCACAGAAGAGAGGAACCAUAUAAAAGCUUCCAAUGUGGAAGGGACUUCAUGAAGGGAUCCCAUUUCACUUCCCAUCAAAUAACACACACUGGUGAGAAAGCAUACCAGUGCUUGGAAUGUGGGAAGAGCUUCAAGUGGAAGAAUAGUCUCACUUCCCAUCAAGCAAUUCACAGUGAAGAGAGACCACAUCAGUGCUUGGAAUGUGAGAAGAGCUUCAAAUCGAAGAAAAGUCUCACUUUACAUCAAAUUCUUCACAGUGAGGAGAGACCAUAUCAGUGCCUGGAAUGUGGGAAAUGCUUCAAUCGGAAGGCGUAUCUCACUUCCCAUCAAACAAUUCACCGUGAGGAGAGACCAUAUCAGUGCUUGGAAUGCGGAAAGAGCUUCAAAUGGAAGAAAAGUUUCACAUUGCAUGAAAGAAUUCAUACAGGGGAGAAACCCUAUAAGUGCUUGGAAUGUGGAAAGAGCUUCCUGCAGAGGUCUAAGAUGACAACCCAUCAAAGAACUCACAGCAAGGAGAAUCAUAGUAUUUGAAGAUGGCUGACACAUCUCUUCUUAACCUUCUCUUUUUGAGGCAAAACAUAUCCAACUGAGACCUCUGGGUAUAGGGUAGUGUGUCAUUUUGAUCUCUCUCCUCUGCACGUGUUCCAGCUUGACAAUAUCCUUCUUUUAUUCUGGCAUCCAGAACUGGACCCUGUACUCCAGGUGUGUUCUGACCAAGGCAGAAGGGAGUGGUAAUAUUACCUCCGAUGAGCAAGACACCAGAUGUCUGUUGAUGCAGCCUAAAAUAGCAUUAGCUUAUUUCGCUGCUGCCUCACAUUGUUGACUCGUGUUAGAAUCAUAGAAUCCUAGAGUUGGAAGAGACCACAAGGGCCAUCCAGUCCAACCCCCUGCCAAGCAGGAAACACCAUCAAAGCAUUCCUGACAUGCCUGUCAAGCCUCUGCUUAAAGACCUCCAAAGAAGGAGACUCCACCACAUUCCUUGGGAGCAAAUUCCACUGCCGAACAGCUCUUACUGUCAGGAAGUUCUUCCUAAUGUUUAGGUGGAAUCUUCUUUCUUGUAGUUUGAAUCCAUUGCUCCGUGUCCGCUUCUCUGGAGCAGCAGAAAACAUCUUGCGGUGUACUAAUACCCCUAGGUCCUUUUCACAUGUACAGCCAGCAAGCCUGGGGUUCAUCAUAGAAUUGCCGAGUGCUGAGGGACCACAAGAGUCACAACCCUCCGCAAUGCAGGAAUCUCAAGUACUGUAAAGCAUCCCUGACAGAUGGCCAUCCAAGCUCUGCUGGAAACUUCCAAGGAAGGAGAGUCCACCACCUCCCGAGGGGGACGGUUCCCCUGCCGACAGCUCUUGCUGUCAGAAGGUUCUUCCUUUUGUUUAGUCAGAAUCUCCCUUCUUGUCACUUGAAGCCAUGAGUUCGAGUCCUACCCUCCAGAGCAGGAGAAAACAAGCUUGCUCCAUCUUCCAUGGAGCAGCCUUUGAGAUAUCUGAAGUUGGCUGUUGCAUCUCCUCUCAGUCUCCUCUUCUCCAGGCUAAACAUCCCCAGCUCCCUCAACAGUGGUUCCUUGUGGCGGGUGAGUUUCUUUUUAUUUUCAAGAAAGGUUAAGAAGAGGCCUGGGGCUGGAUUUACCCAAUGGUCCAUCCAAAGGCUAUCCUUUUCUUACAAAGAAAGACAGGACCGGCCCUGCCAUGAGACAAGGUGCCACGAGUCUUGCCUCAGGCAGUGGCUUUGGGUGGAGCGGCCCAUUGAGCCCCUACAACCCGAGUGCAUCUGCCCUUCCAUGACAGAGGAAGCUUGGCCACCACUGGUGUAGACAACACUGACCAAGAUGGUCUGACUGUAAGGCAGUUUCUCCUAGUGCCAGUUGCGGGAAGGAAUUCCGUUUCAGCUUUCCUUUGCCCCCCCCCUUUUAAUUGCCUGAAGUGACCUGCCACCCUCCUCCAUCUAAUUCAUGGGCCCCGGCACAUAACCGAAACUGUGGAACUCCCUCCCACAUGAGGCAGAGACCUGGAUGGCUGCAAAAGACAACUGGACAAGUUCAUGGAGGAGGAGAGGACUCUUAAAGGAUGGCUGCUAGCCAGGAUGGUUGUGCCAGGCUUCCGAAUCCCAGUUGGUUUCUCUUGUGCUCGGAUCCUGCUGGUGGGUUUCCCAUGGAAGCAUCUGCUGGGCCAUUGAGGGAACAGGAGGCUGGACUCAGGGAGCCAUUUCUCUCACCCGGCAGGGUUCUUUUUCCCUCCUUAGUCUCUUUCUGUACAAGCGUAUCAGAGUCCAAUAAAUUAUCUGAAGAAGUGUGCAUGCACACGAAGGCUCAUACCAGUGACAAACUUAGUUGGUCUCUAAGGUGCUACUGGAAGGAAUUUUUAAAAUUUUGUUUACACUUUUGCUGCUAGAGAUGUAAUUGGGAAAAUGCUUCUUUGAAACAUAUGGGAUGUCCGAAGCUUGCACAUCUUUGGAGGAAAGUAUUAGGGUGCAUAAAUGCUACAUACAAACUUUAUAUGCAUUGAGAACGGGCUAAUGUAAAUGAACUCUUUGCAUCCUUCCUUCUGCUAAACAACUGAUAUUGAUUCAUUGGAAAGAGAAUGCCAUGGUCCCUUCGAACAUGGAUACAAGAUAGGAUUACCCUUGCAACAUAGGAGUGUAGAUUGUGCAGAACUAUAAUAUUUAGAAUGCAUUUAUAAAAACAAUGAUUUGUUAAUAAUAUUUUACUCGUUAGAAUAUCAUACUACUUAUGUACCUACAUAGUGUAUUGUAUCAGAGUUUCAAGCAGUUUCCUUUGUUUUGACCUUUCUCCAAGUUUUUCUCUUCAUUUCUCUACUGAAAAUAGAAAUUUUAAGACAGAAAGAGAGGUUGAAUGGUGCAUUUCCUUUGGGGGCUUUUCCCGUGGGAGGGGGAAGGGGUUCCUAAAAGAGGAAAGCGUCACCCCUUUUUGUGUAUCCUUCUGAUGCAGCCCAUGUGGGAGGCGUUGAGGCGUCGCUCCUGGUGGGUGCAAGCAGGGCCGGUGCGUCCAUUUAGGCGGACUAGGCCAUUGCCUAGGGUGCGAAAAUGGAGGGGGCACUGCCGAGCCUGCCCCGCAAAAACCCCGUGCCACCGCCGCCCUCC